AUGGAUGAAUACAAAUGCAGCAGCUGCCUAGACGACGUGUGCACGAGGAGCGAAAAAAAGCUGUUCUACUUUGACAUUUGUAAACAUAAGAUCUGCGGAGAAUGUCUGGAGAACCACCUCAGCCAGCAUAGCAAGCAACAUUGCCCACGUUGCAAAAUAGGUGUGUCAAAAAAAAAUGUGACUCCCUUUGACAUCGAAGAGAGAAUCUACUCCAAUCAAAAAAACAUCCGAUCCCAAUUGACCGAAAUUUUUAACAAAAAAAGACACAACUUUGAAAGUACCCCCCUGUACAAUAACUACUUGGAGCAAAUUGAAGACAUCAUCUACCUGUUAACAAACGAAGCGGACGAAAAAAAGAGAAAAAUAAUCGAAGCAUACAUUAAAAAAUACGAAAAGGAAAAUCAAAAAAUCAUAGAAGAAAAUAAUGUUAUCAUAUUUGAAAAUGAAAAAAAAAAAAUACAUGAUAUUGUAAAACAGGAAGGGAACUUUUAUGAAAUUAUUAAGCACAGACCACUUAUCAAAAAAUAUCAAAAUGAGUCAUUUGUGCAUUCCCUUGUUAGAGAAAAUCCCAAGCUGUUUGAUGAAAUAAAAGUUACGAACAUUACUGAGAGCCAGCCACAGCCACUAAAUCCUGCCAUCAAGAACGACACAGACAUUCCUUUGCGUAGAUUUUCCUCAGAAGAGGAGCUGAAGAAGUCGGACCAUGCGGGGGGGUACGAUAUCUCCAUCGUCUUUAAAAGGUGCGACACGGAGUUCAAUUCCACCAUUUAUCUUAACAUAUGA